GUCCAUGCUACCAUCGCGUCUCCUGCGUUCAACAGUCAACGCUGCAGAAAUCUCUUUCUUUUCGCGUCUUUCUUCGCAAUGGUGGGAUGAACGUGGCGAGUUUGCCUUUCUGCAUCAGAUGAACCCUGUCCGAAUGCAGUUCAUCCGGCAGAAACUUCUUGAAACAGCGUGUGAUGAAGAUGAGACUGUAUCGCAAAACAUCCUAAAGGGCCUCCAAGUACUGGACGUCGGCUGUGGGGGUGGAUUACUGUCUGAGAGUCUAGCUCGACUGGGUGCUCGUACCGUCGGCAUUGACGCGUCCGAACCCAAUAUUGAGAUAGCCAAACAUCAUGCAUCGACAGACUCAAGAUUGUCCGAAAAUCUGUCCUAUAUGCAUACAUCAGCAGAGUCUUUGCUCUCGCAGUCUAGGCGAUACGACGUCGUGUGCUCGAUGGAGGUCCUCGAGCAUGUUGACAAUCCGGCUCUCUUCCUAUCCACAUGUGCUCAGCUUCUCAAGCCAUCUGGCCAUCUCUUCCUUUCCACAAUCUCCAGGACACCGCUGGCCUAUUUCCUCACUAUCAUGAUGGCUGAGAAUGUUUUGCGACGGGUAGCUCCCGGAACACACACAUACUCUAAAUUCAUAAAACCUUCCGAGCUUGUCGAGUUCUUCCAGUCCUACGGGUCAUGUCCAUGGAUAGCACCGUCGGCUGCCCAGCCAACAAGGACCGAAGCCGAAGUGCGAGGCAUAGUGUACAACCCCCUCUCGUCCAGCUGGAAUCUGGCCCCCAGAGAUGCGUGGGCCGCGACGGAAUGCAACUACAUGUUCUGGGUUAGGAAGCCUGCCGAAUAAUAAUUGAGUUUGCCGUGAUCACAUAAUUCCCACGAGCAUGCGGUAGGCGGCCCUGGCUUUGGGCCAUGGAAAGUGGAAAGUGCUGAGGUCACACCCUGUGUGAAACUUGUCUGUAUCCUAGAUGGCAUAUGCCACUACAACAUUCUCAUGAAUGCAAAAGACAGUCCGAACUGGAUGUUUUUCACUCACACCCUCUGUUCGCUCUAUGACUCGUGAAAUGCCACAAGAUGUCAACAGUUAGAAAGAUAGCUGGUAUCAUUCUAGUAGGUGGGGCCGGUAUUCUAUUCUAUUCAUACAACUA